AUGAAUCAACUCAGUGGAAAGUAUGUUAAUGUCGUCCUAUCCAUAGAAUGUGGACGAGGAAUGGACUUUUUGAAGAACAGUGUAUAUAUUACAGCCAAUUUUAAUGGUAGAAUAUUAGAAUCCGAUCAUCUUCCCCCUGAAGAGAAUCCUCCAUUCAACACCGAACUCGUUUGGGAAAUCGAAAAGAAAGAACUACGCAAAAUAAGAUCAGCCAGUCUUCCGUUGAGGGUCGAGUGUAUAACAAUUGAUACUCAAAGCAGAAAAGAACGUAUCGGAUUUGCUUUAUUAAAUCUUCGAAGCGCUCAAAUCAUUCCUGAAUCCAAAUCGAACACUCCAGUGACACCAGCUUGGUACAAAUUAAUUGGCUGUCAAGCCGAUAAGAGGAAAAGCCAUCCCGAACUGUAUCUCUCUUUGUCUCUAAGAGAUCAUCUUUUCAACGAUCAAGUUGACGUUGAGAAUCCUAAUAAUACAAUGCCGUUCAUUUUAGAAGAAGAUACUCAAAAUUUGGAAGACACGUCCCGUGGAGCUGCUACUUAUGCUUUAAAGUACUUCGAGAAUGGUCAUAUACAAAUAGGGGACGAAAAUAUCGCGAAAGAACCUUUCGUGUUUAAUCUACUGAUCAAAGAUGCUGUUAAUUUGGAUGCUUUAUUACCGGAAGCGUUGGUUUUUCAAACAAACACUGGAAGUUACUUCCUAACUUUUAAGAUACUCGGUAUUAUCGUCAAAACGAAGCCGUUCCAGAAGCAAAUGCACACCAAUAUCAGUCUUAACGAGAAAAUAGUUGUUAACUUGUUAUCCAAAAGAGAUAUCCUUGAAAAAUUCUUCCAGACUCAAACUAUAACGAUAAGUUUUUACCAUGGAUACGAUAAGCUAGGAGUUACUAAGCUAAAUUGCGAUAACAUUUGGGAUCAGAAAGAAGAAAAAUAUUUCUUUAAAUUCCCAUCUCCAAACGGAAUCAUUCCAUUCGGUGGCACUGAACAAUCACCGUUCAUAACUUUAGAAGCUUGGAUUGAAGAAACUCCUGAAUCGAAGUCACCAGAAUCACCAAAAUCGCCAAAGUCUCUCGAAGAAGAAAUAUCGACCCCCGAAGAAGUUGUAGAGAAACCGAAAACAAGAAGCAUUUUUUCGAAUAUUUCUAAAAAAAUUAAAACACCCACUGAACCUGAUGUCGAUAAAAUUAACACAGAAGAACCAGAACCUGAGGUUUACAGAUCGCCAAGAAGUGAAAUGGAAAUUGUUCCGUUUGUAACUAAAUCCGUCGACACUGUGGUUAUUAAUGACCCUCUUACUCCUAGACCACACAAUAUAACCGAUUUUUACGAAAAAUUUGUGGUCGUGGUCAGUUUGAAGCAUUUGAUUUGGAUCACCCCACCACCGGAUACUAAAGUGAUGUUCAAAUUUUUGCAUCCUAGAGCUGGAAGUUGUACUACAAUCUUCACUGAAAUCAGCAACGUAGUACAACACGAAAUAUCUUUGAAUAAUCUCUAUGUUAGAAUUGGAUACAUAUCGACGUAUGAUAAAAUAAACAAGCUGUUAAAGAACUGGUAUCCAAAACUAGCUCUAGCUAACGAAAACGAGACUUUCAUUUCUGAUCAAAGAGCUCUAAGCGUCAACUGCUUGGAUAGCAAAAGCAAAGACUACGAAAUUGAAUGCAAAAAUUUAAGAACAGGCAUGACUCUUGCUAGGAUUGGAAUUAACGUCACUAUGAGAAUAACAGAUGCUAAAUUGGAAGACGAUUAUGAAAAUUUGUAUCUUCUACCUAUUAUAUUAGAUGAAAUAAUCACAGUGAAAGAAAUCGCAGAUUUGAUGCAAUGGAAGAAAUCUUAUAGAGCGGAAUUCGAGCUUAAAUUGGAAGAAACAAAACAACACGAAAUAAAAAGACUAGAACACGAGUAUCAACUGAAAAAAGACGAAUUAGAAGAAAAAGUCAACAAAACAGUAAACAAAUGCAGAGACGUCCAAAACGAUUUAAGGAGUAAAGUAGCUGCAUUAAAAAUCGAAAGGGAGUUAAACAAAAUGGGCAACAACGAAUACACCUACGACGAAAUUUAUAAAAAUAACUGCAAACUCUAUUCCAGAGAUAAUACGCAAGAAGUCAUCGAAGUAUUGAGUAGGCUACAACGAGACAAUGAAAGUUUAAAGAAAUUGCUAGCCGAACAUAAAGAAAAACUGUCCCAAAUGGAAAAAGCUACCGUAACCAAAGUGGAAACUAAAAGUCUAUUACAAGAAUGGAGCGUACUAGAAGCUAAGUUUUCUCAAGUUCAAACCGCCAAAACGUACUUCGAGAAAAAUUUUAAGAAAGCCGCAACUGAAAGUGUCGAUUUAAAUGCCGAAGGGAAUUUGGGUCGUAGAGAUGAUGAAGGCAAGAACGAUAAGAUCGAUAGAAAUGAGAAGAUUUGUAUAGAUAUUCCGACUUUUUAUACAGAACAAAUUCAAGAUGGGGAUAUAAUAGAAAGCGCUAGUGACGAUGUUAGUGAAAAUAAUUAUUAA